GGUUAUUCCUACAAUACUUAGCACAUACAGCCUUUCUUCAAUGUUUUCACACAACCCCUUUUCCUAGAUUGUCGUAUGGAAACCUGAAAACACCAAGAUUCUUCUAUCAAUCUGACAUGACAACACAGAGUGUGGAGGAUAACAGUGUGCUGUCCAAAUUGAAUGUAAGUAAUGGUGAUAAUAUGAUGGCACCAAAUUCAAAUGGGAAUUUAAAGGGCAAGAACUGUUUGGAGAGUGAGCUCGAAUCGAUACUUCUAAAGCAGCAGCAGCAGCAACAUCAACAUAAUCGCGAUUUAGUUGGUGAAAGGGAGAGAGAUUUGAAUAUGUCAAGAAGUGGUAGUGCUCCUCCUACUGUUGAAGGAUCAUUGAAUGCUGUUGGAAGUUUGUUUAAGAAUUCCAAUUUAGCACAAUCUAGUGGUAAUAACAGUAACAACAAUGGUAAUUCCACUAGUAGUGAAAUUUUGACAGAAGAACAAAUUCGAUCACAUCCAGCGUACUUAGCAUAUUAUUACUCAAAUGUCAAUCUUAAUCCAAGAUUGCCCCCACCAUUGUUAUCUCGAGAGGAUUGGAGAAUCGCUCAGAGGAUUGAACAAGGUGGAAAUUCAUCCUUGUUCGCGAUGCAGCCUGGUUUUCCUACACAGAGAGCAGAAAAUGAAAUGAUAAAUCUGAGGAAGACUGCUGCGAGGAAUCUUUCACGAGGAACGUUGGAACCAAGCUCUGGAAUUGGUGUAAGGAAAAAGAGUUUCGCGGACAUAGUUCAGGAAGGACUUGACCAACCUGCACGCUCAUCCGCUGAUCUUUCACACUCUCCAAGCACAGAAACCACAGAGGCAUUGCAUACCGGAAAAGCUCCCCCCGGCUUUUCUGGAGUGGAAAAAGUUCAAAAUCCUAAGCCAUGUCACCCUAACUCUUUCACAUCUGCGAUAGGUUCAUCACAAAGGAGUAGAACACCUGAGCCUCAUCCAUUUAGAAAAUCACCUAGUCCUCAGCUUUCAGUUGGCCACGGUGAUGGAAUUGACAUUGCCUUUUUAUCUCAACUUCACUACAAUGAUAAUAUGCAGCAACCUUGGUUUCAAAUUAGAGUAUCAAACGGUUAUAUGCAGGGUGAUCACCAACAGUUUAUGGAAUACUGUGGAGCUGAAAAAUUGGCUACAGCUUCUGAGUUUGCUGAUCUUGUAAAAGAUAAAUAUGUUUUAAGGGACCAUAAUUCUACCUUCUACGUAGAUGGACGUGCAAAUUUCCUAAGGACAUUGAGUCCUGAGUUUGUGAGUCAAAAAUCUAAUGUCCAGCACCAAGUCAAUAAUUAUCAAAAUGUUGAUUCUACGGGAUAUAUACCUGGUGGAUACAAAUACAAUCAGAAGCUGAACCUGGCGUUGAAUGGCAAUCUUGGUGUUCAGUUAAAUGGUGUCAGCGCGAAUGGACGCCAUUUGAGGAGCGACAGCAAGGAGGCUACCCAAUACCUGCAGAAAACUUCUGUAGAUAAUUCUUCAAAGGGAAGAAAUUUGGUUGGAGCUUCUCAUGGCAAUACAGAUUUAAAAGUUCUUGGAACAAUGUAUGCUGACACAUCACUCCCGCAACAGAAGCAACAAUAUCCCUCGUCCUUUCUACAUAAUUGUUACAGCUUAAGGGAUCAGUAUCAUUCAACUCAUGCUCUUGGCUCAGGUAUUAUACCGUGUCAAGAAAAUAAGUUAGCGAAUUCAUGGCAUUCAGAUAAUGUUGCUGAAGGAAGGGUUGUUCCGUCCUUGCUGGACGAUCUCAAGAACAAUCCCAGGUCGUUGGAUCUUUUGGACGUUCUCAAUCAUGUCGUAGAAUUCAGUAAGGAUCAGUAUGGGAGUCGAUUUAUUCAAAAGAAGCUGGAAACUGCCACUGUUGAAGAAAAGAUGAAGAUAUUACCAGAAAUUCUUCCUCAUGCUCACAGUUUAAUGACCGAUGUCUUUGGAAAUUAUGUCAUUCAGAAGUUCCUUGAGCAUGGAACAGAGAGUCAAAGAAAGGAAUUAGCGAGGCAACUUAUUGGUCAUGUUUUGCCUCUGAGUCUUCAAAUGUAUGGAUGCAGAGUUAUUCAGAAGGCUUUGGAGGUCUUUGAUGUGGAACUGCAGACUAAAAUGGUUACAGAACUGGAUGGCUAUGUAAUGAAAUGUGUUCGUGAUCAAAACGGUAAUCAUGUUAUUCAAAAGUGCAUAGAACAUGUACCUCAAGAUAGAAUUCAUUUCAUUGUAGCUUCCUUCUUUGGGCAAGUUGUGUCUUUGUCUACACAUCCUUAUGGUUGCCGUGUAAUUCAGAGAGUUCUUGAGCACUGUAACGACUCAAAGACACAAAAGAUUAUUAUGGACGAAAUAAUGCAAGCUGUUGGCACUCUAGUGUUGGAUCAGUAUGGAAACUAUGUCAUUCAGCAUGUACUCCAACACGGUAAACCACACGAGAGGUCUAUUAUAAUAGGCAAACUUACUGGACAAAUUGUAAAGAUGAGUCAGCACAAAUAUGCUUCUAACGUCGUUGAGAAGUGCUUGAUCUUUGCAACGCCAGAGGAGCGUCAAUUCCUGGUGAAUGAGAUGCUUGGUUCGACACAAGAAAAUGAACCUCUACAGGCUAUGAUGAAGGAUCCUUUCGGAAACUAUGUAGUGCAGAAGGUUUUCGAGACAUGUGAUGAUCAGAGCCGCGAGCUAAUUCUUUCUCGCAUUAGAAUACACCUUACUGCUCUCAAGAAGUACACUUAUGGAAAACACAUUGUAUCUCGCGUUGAAAAGCUCAUCGCAACAGGAGAGAAACACGUUGCUUUAUCUUCGAAUUCUUCUCGAGGCAAUCCAGUUUUCAAGAAUUGAAGACAUUCUUUUUUGUACAGCUGACAAAGGGUGGCAUCUGACUUCUGCAGUUUUUUUUGGCAUUGCUUGUUUUAGGAGGCUGAUAAAUGGUUGUAAAUAAGCAGCACUCCAAUUUUGCUCCUGCCUAAAUAAGUCUUUAUAAUUUCCUUUCUUGAAAUGUAAAUGGAAAACCUGUAAUUAUUUUCACUAAGAGCUAUGUUAGGGUAGAGAAAUGAGGCAAUUUAUUAUAUAAAUGUCUUUUAACUAUUGUAAAUAAGUAACAUUCAUCAAGUGUUUGAGAAGCUGAUACUUCUCUAGCAUAAAAUUUUGAGGGUAUUUUAUUUAUGAAAAUGUUGUUUAUUUUUGUAA